AUGUAUAAUAAUAAAAAACGUUCGUCUAUUGAAAAUGAAGAAGAAUUAUAUGACAAACAACAUUUAUCAUAUGUUGAAAUGGAAAAAUUACGAAAUGUUAUUAAGACAAAAGUCUCAGGAGAAUAUAUGAUCAAAUUAUCUGAUUUGGAACAAAUACUUUAUUUAUCCGGACAAAACAUGUCAAAAAGUACAAUUGAAAAAAUCAAAUCUAAAUUAGAAAAUAUGUAUGACACGGAUGAAUAUUUUCUUGAUGAAAUUGAAUCAAUUCUUGCAUUGUAUUGGGAAGAAUUAACAGAUGAAGAUAUAUCUCAUAUAUUAAUUGAAUCAUUUCAAAUAUUUGAUGAUGAACAACAAGGUUUUAUUGAUAAGCAAUAUCUAAUAAAAAAUCUAACAACCUUAGGUGAUAUGCCAUUGAAUAUAAAAGAUUUACAAAUAAUGUGUUCAAUGAUUGAUCAAUCAAAUAUAUUCGAUUAUCAAAAAUUUGUUAAGAAACUUUGUGGUUUAGAUAAUACAAAAAAGAAAAAAAUUAAAAAGAAAAAGAAAAAGAAAAAGAAACGAUCAAAAAUGAAUUCAUGA